GCUGUAAGCAGCUCCUCAGAUCACAACGUGUGUGCGCGCAGAGCCACUAUACCCAAACGGAGAGGGACAGAGAGAUACAGAGGGAAGAGGGAGAGAGCACGCGGGAUUGUUUGUUACCGUUUAAAUCCCAUUAAUUCAAACGUUAACCUGAUUGGGUACAGAGAGGGAGGAAGAGAGAGUGAGAGAGAACUGUGUCCCAAUAGGCGAAUCCUCUUCAUAUUAACCCGCCUCGAGAUAAUGAUGUAAAAGACCCCGUUCUUGCGCGUGAAGCUGAUCGCCGUAGAGAUCUGCUGAAGGUGAAUCAGAGCGAGAUAAGGAGCGCGAGCGCAGAGAGCAGAGGGAAAGAGCAGAGCAGAGGGAAAGAGCAGAGCAGAGGGAAAGAGAAGAGCAGAGGGAAAGAGCAGAGCAGAGGGAAAGAGGGCCGACCUGUCUCCAGCAUCUUAGUUGACAAGUCGAGCAAUAAUAAGCGAUCAAGAACAACUCAGUCUCUCUGACAGCGCACAAGGCAAGAAACGUAUACAAGAGCCGUCGCCGGGAGAGAGUCUCCAGAAACUGCCACCCACUAAAGCAGAGUCUGGAGGAGAGGAAGUGCUAUGGACAGGAGAAUGAACUUGAACGGACCAGGAGAUAUUUUCCACAAAACUCUCAGCGCCGUCUCCAACAAAAAGAUGGAUUCCUUCAGGUCGACGGCUGGUGUUGACCUGCCGGGGUCCAGGGACCACCAGUCACCCAUCAGCUGUUUCGACCAGACCGACUCGGACCCGAUUCAACCCGGUGGACUGGCUGGGGGUCGAGGGGGACCGCUGGGUCUGCCUACCGGAUCUUUGUGCGUCAAAUUCGGAGAGAGCAGUAACAGGACCUCGGCUGCAGAGAGCAGUGGCGGGGAGCAGAGCCCGGACGAUGACAGCGACGGCAGAUGUGAGAUGGUCCUCCUGGCCGACGGGAGAACUGUGGCCGCCGGUAAACCGGAGGGAGGUAAGAAAAACAAAGAGCAGAAAACACUCAGACUAAACAUCAAUGCGCGGGAGAGACGGAGGAUGCACGACCUGAACGACGCGCUGGAUGAGUUGCGCUCUGUCAUCCCGUACGCGCACAGCCCCUCCGUCCGGAAACUCUCCAAAAUCGCCACUUUGCUGCUCGCCAAAAACUACAUCCUCAUGCAGGCGCAGGCUCUGGAGGAGAUGAGGAGGCUGGUGGCCUAUCUGAACCAGGGCCAGGCCAUUUCAGCGGCGUCCAUACCCGCCACCACGGCCCUUGCUGCACCGGGUCUACCAGGUCUGAGUGCGGGGAUAAGUGCGUACGACCAGCCGCCUGUGUACCCCUUCUCCACCGGAUUGGCCGGGUCUUCCUGCCCCGACAAAUGUGUCCUUUUCAACAACGUCACCUCGAGCCUGUUUAAACAAUGCGCGGACAAGCCUUAACAGCAUCACAACAACGAGCAAGUACCAGAGACUCAGAGAAGCAAAUGCCAGAGCGAACAACACUUUUUAAAACAAGCGGCGACUUUGGAGAGAAGAGGUUCGAAGUCAGUGUAGACCGAGAAAAGUGAAUGCGAUGAUGAGUACAUUUAUAACAUUUACAAAUGCAUUGGAAAAGCUUUUUGUUAAGACAACGCCUGAUUGUGUAUAUAUAAAGCAUCCUUUAAGUGCUUGUAUGAAUGAAAGUGAAAAACCAAACAGAAAUGUAUGAGUGUCUCGCAAGUGGUGAUGGAUUGACAGUUGUUUACCACUGCGCAAAUAUGGACCCUAUGUGAAAAGUUAUGACCUGACAAAAACAUGCGACCGUUUCACUUGAAUAGAUGGAACAACUUAAGACAUUAGUUAAUAUAAGAAACCACAACCUUGCUGCUUUACUUACUUUAUUUAUAACUUAAGAAGGUGUUUUCUUAUUGGUGGUUAUUUGGUGAUCUUUUGAGAAUGUGCUGAGCAACUAAGAGUCUGAGGGAAAGCAAAAUGAACUAAAAUGAAUACGAAAAUAGUUGUUUUAAUCUCUCAAUACAGAGUUCAUAGUCAUUUAUAUAUUUUUGUUGUAUCAAACACUUGUGCUACAUUGGCAGUUUCCUUGGCACUGUAAAAUAAUUACAUUUGAGUCUCUAAAAACCUGUAUGUUCAGUUCAUGUUCUUUUCAAUUUGUCCGUUUUUAUUUAUUGAUUUGAUACAUUUUAUUUGCAUGGUGGUACUGUAUUCUGCAUUAGCGACGUGUCUAAUUUGCGUAAUUUCCUACACACUCAUGCAAUAAGGCCGAGGUCUUGAGGGAUCAGACGCGCUGUCAGGUCAAGCAGUGGAUUAUUGUAGAUACAUUAGUAAUUAUAAGAAUAAAGAGGGCCAUUUGUAUGUGUUGAUGUGUUGGAAAGCUUUAUUAAAAUAUUUUGAACAAAACGAA